AUUAUCAGAGCUGCUUUCAAUAAACUUCCCAAGAAUCUCCAAUCCCUCAUCUACCAAGAUAUCAUCACCGCCUUUCAUCUCCUUCCCGAAUGAGCUCUGCUGUUUCGGCUGCACAUCUCCUUGCUCAGGGUGUUGAAGCUGCUUGGCCUAAGAAAAAGAGAAAUUCAGCAAUCGUAGAAUUCAAGAAAGCAAUGGUUGCUCAUAAGAGGCGUAGUAAAGCACAUCAGGAAGAAAAAGGUUCCGCUCAACUGCCUCAAGAUGUACUCCUCCACAUCUUCCGCUUUCUAGAUAUCGAAUCUUUAGUCUCUGCUGGACUAGUCUGCCGGUCAUGGAAUGUAGCAGCAGAUGACGAAUUUCUAUGGCAGUUGCAGUAUACAACAUUUUUCGGUUCUGAUGACAGUGCUAAACUCAUUAACAACAAAGGCGGUGUGGACGACUUGGCUAGCACACCUCCUCAUGUUGAUUGGAAAGAGGCAUUUAAGAGAGCAUAUAUAGGUAAUUCUUUGAGAAGAAACACAUAUGGAAUGGGAUACUGCAAACACUGUAACACAAUAGUUUUCGUCAGCACCUUGAGAUGUCCCGUCGAUCAUGGUAAAAGUAAAAAUAAGCAAAUCAAGCCUCUCUCAAUCAACCAGGUUGUUGAAUAUGUGUUGAAUGGUUCUUCAGAACUGAUUUAUUCCUCAGACAGCGAUACUGAUUCAGAUGAUGAGGUGAUUUCUGCGUUUUGGGCAGUUCCGGAGUACUUGGGUAGAAGGCACUCGAGCUUUUAAAGCUAAAUUGAUCGAUUUUUCGCUCGUCUUUCAUGCAUACCUCAUUUAACCUCGUCAAUAAGUAGAGUUAAAAUACUGUCUUCCUGUGCCAUCUGACAUUAAUGGAGAAGGUUGAAAACUUUGUCGUUGAAAAAUAGACUGUAAAGGAGUUGGGUUGUCUCUCUGGUCACCUUAGAUGGGGGAAAAUUUCUGGUACUACAGGAAUAUCAACGGUGGAUUAAAAUUAAUGUGGGCCUAUUUCUUUUAUUUAUUGUGUAAAUCGGAGGGAGUACGGUACUCCAUAACAGGGGUGAGCAAAUAACCCCAAAAAACCGAUCCGAAUGAUCAAAACCGACGUCGGUCUAAAUCGGUUUUCAACAUUCCAAAACCGACUUUGACCACAAGUGGCGCUGCUGCAGUAAAAAUCUGCCCAUAGUACUAGUCUCUUAGAUUGAAAAUACUAUGCCAACAACAUUGACAAGGUUUUUUUUUUUUUUUUUUUGGGGAAGAGGAAUGAUGAAUUAUUUUGUGUAGAAACUUGGUUUUAGCCUCAUUUUUGGAUGUAAAGAAUCUUCUUGUUG